AUGUCCGCCACCGACUGGUCUCACAUCACCGUCUGUCGUCUUGGGUAUCCUGGCGAAGGCCCGGAACGGUCCCCAGCGACAAUUCUAAUCGGCGUUCACCACAAUACGGUGGACUUGGCCCAGGCCUCUGAGUUACUUCGUUCGGCAGCCGAUGUCGUUUACCAGUUUGCCGAGCUUCGUGAUGUGGCAAUUGAGAUCAUCGAAAGCGUUGUUUGCAUCAGUGCAUCCGACUCUUCUACUGCUCCCCCUCGAGACCGAAUCUGGGACGGGCCCUUUGGGUACAAAUUCAACGAAGCUUUCUGCUCCCAGCCCGUCAUCGGCGCCAGUAUCGGUGUCUCAGGGUCGACCAAAUCAGGCACAUUGGGUGGCUACCUCAAAAUUGGCACGGCCACCAAGUCACGAUAUGUAGCACUGACUUGCCAUCAUGUUUUGCGUGAUGGCGGGGCCGCACAUUCCCCUCUUGACGGACGUCACCCAGCGGUCAUUGAAGGCACGCUGAAUCAUCCGCCCCUUCCUGAACUCCGAAUCAAGCGCACGGUCGAUAAGGAGAUUGAGGAGAACGAAAACCUCGAGCUCAGCCCGGCGCUCAAAGCCGAGCGGGCGCUCAGCAAGGCUACUCUUGAGCUGCUUAACCGCCUAGAGAAAGAACUAGAGGGCAUGGAGUACCAAAAGACAGAGGUCAUGAGUUUCCUCAACGACUUCGCGGAACUCUACUGUAUGUCUGGAUUGCGUGUGUCGAGAGAUGACUGGAUUCUAGACUGGGGCUUGGCCGAGCUGCUCCAAAGUCGGGUUGGAUCGUUUGACAAUCUUUCAAGUGCUCUUAGCUACGACGCUAUCUUGGAGAUCCGGUCUCGUGAGCGCAAUGCAUGGUCACUGAGGGACAAAGGUGGCAUCAUUUCGGUUGAUGAGCUUGCCACAAAAACCUCGCCUGGGAACGAGACGACGAGACGCCGCAACAAGAAUGUUGUGUUUAAAUGUGGCCAGUGGACAGGCAAAACCUGUGGCGAACUCAAUGGUGUCCAUUCGAGUAUCCGGAUAUGUCACAAGGUAGCGGGCACCUCUGAUGUUACUAUAAUGGGCAAGACCAUGGUUGUUGUAUCGCUUUCUAAGCUUCCUCAGCAAUGGCCCGUCCCAUGGCCCGGCGACAGGUUUCCCUUUGGUGGAGAUGGAGAUUCUGGGAGUCUUGUCUUUGAUUACCAGGGCAAGGCUCUAGGUCUGUAUUUUGGAGGACAGCGUUGGACAGAGGAUCCAAAGGUGGCUCCACCUGUUGGGAUCGCCCGGGCCUCAGUCGGCGGCAUCCACUUUGUUAUGCCCAUUGUCCCGAUUAUAGACUCCGUCCAGGCUACAGUACAGGACGAUCCUUUCUUUGAGGGUCUUCCUGUCGGUGUCAAGUUCCUUUGGGGUAAACCCUUGCUGGGUUAA